AUGGGGACCGUGGUGCUGGCACUGUGCCUGCUGGCUGUGGCUCUCCCGUACCCGGCCACUGCUAGGCUGCGCAUCGGUGCCUUCAACAUCCAGGCAUUUGGUGACACCAAGAUGUCCAACGAGGGAGUGGCGGGCAUCAUCGUCAGCAUCCUGCGUCGCUACGACGUGGUGCUGGUGCAGGAGGUGCGCGACUCCGACCUCAGCGCCGUCACCCAGCUCAUGGAGCAGCUCAACAGCGUGUCCACGUCCCUGUACGACUACGAGAUCAGCGGCCCCCUGGGACGAGACAACUACAAGGAGAUGUACCUCUUCAUCUACAGGACAGAUGUUGUGUCCGUGGUGGACACCUACCAAUAUGAGGACCCCCAGGAUGUCUUCAGCCGGGAACCGUUCAUCCUGAGGGUCUCAGUGCCCCGUAGCAAGGCAGAGGAGUUUGUGCUGGUGCCGCUGCACUCAGCCCCGCACGACGCCGUCACCGAGAUCGACGCGCUCUACGAUGUCUACCUGGCCAUCGUCAGCAAGUGGGGGACCGAUAACAUCAUGUUCCUGGGGGACUUCAACGCUGACUGCGCCUACGUCCAGCCGAGCGACUGGUCGGCCAUCCGCCUGCGCACCAGCGACAUCUUCACGUGGCUGGUCCCCGCAGCGACCAAAAAAAAGUCAGACUGUGCCUACGACAGGAUCGUGGUGUGCGGUGCCAAGCUGAAGAGAAGCAUCGUGCCAAAUUCAGCCGCUAUCUACAAUUUCCAGCGGGCUUUCCAGCUGGAGCAGGAGGAGGCCCUGGCAGUCAGCGACCACUACCCAGUCGAGGUGAAGCUGACGGCUUGA